GACCAAAUUCACGGAAGAAUGCUGUGUGGAGAUUGAAACAAGCAUGUACGGAAGCAAACAAUUCUGAAUUUGCAGCUUUCUAAGAGUGUACAAGCCUCAGACCUUUCUGGCGGGAGUUCUUUCCAUAAAAUAAAUACCCUAUCAGCUAACUAAUUAGAUUUCAAAUCAAAAUUCCCAAAAUAUAUAAAAAUAAAAAUAAAUUCGAAUAAUUUUUUCUUACACUUACUAAACAUAAACAUACAUUAUUACACCGGGACAGAACAAUUCAAAAUGUGCCCCGAAGGAAAGAAAAGAGGUUAACAUGCAUACCUGAUACCUCGCACAUUUCGAAGACAAAGCUACAUACACUACAGUUUCCAACUUUUUGUUUUACAGUUCACGGUUUAACGCGGCAUAGAAUUUGUAAUUGACGUUAAGGGAAAUGGAAGGAGCAGCAGGAUCAUCAUCAUCAUCAGUAUGUCAACUGGAGGGAAUUGCAUGCCUGGCUCUACUACCAUCGGGUUCCAUUUCUGGCCAUUUUAUCACCCAUCCUUGUUCAAAAUGUUUUGCUAUCUAUGGAACUCAAAUAGCAUGUCAAAGGGAGUGCAGCAGAGGUGAAGAUUACCGGUUGAUUAAACUAACGAUUUUUGAUUAUUCUAGCAAGAAGGAAAUUGAUGUCAUGGUGGAGUGUAAAGGUCAAGAUGCUGCUCGGUUCCAGAAUGUAGAUCAUGUCCAUGGAUGGGAGGAAGAUGUUGUCUCCAUGGUUGCAAAGAACAAAGAGAAGAACAAUGAACUUUUCAUUUCCUUUGAAUGUGAGACUUUGAAAGCAGAAAAGGAUGCAGAAGACCAUAUUAAUCGUUAUUUGCCUCAUUUGAUCGGACAGGAAGCUGUAGUGAAUAUUGGUACCAUGAAAAUUCAAGGACUAAACUUCAAUUCAGAUGAUAAUCAAGCAGAUAUGUUAGAGGACAAAGAGCUGGAUACGGGGCUUCCUGUCACAGGAAGUGUUAUAACUUUCAAACUGGAAAAGGAUUACAAAUAUGAGCAACCUGAUUGUUCUGUCGGAAGCAACAUGGCAAAUGAUUAUGAUUUAUCAAAUCUGUUGGGAGUUUGUAAGCAAAAAUCAACCAAUCCAGAGGAAGAUAUGAUUAGACAAAUACUGGCAGAGGAGCUUCAGGCAGAGGGUGUUACUGGAAACAUCCCAGAAAAUAAAUGGGAGGAUAGCUCGCUAGGCUGGAAAAUCAAGAAACAAGUCUUACCAUGAAUUGAAGAAUGAUGGCAUGGUUGUUUACUUGAAGGUGACAACUAUGUUUUUUAAUUCUUUGCCUGCCUGUUGAUCAAAAACUUUUCGAGUUGUGUGAGGCUGUUUUCCAGUCAUAAUGACAAUUUCCAUGCAGAUAAAAACUUGCAGAAUAUGUAAAUGGUAUAGAAUCUAUAAUUGGGAUGUGAGGUCAUCUCAAUGAUGGUCUACAGUGUACUACAUCCAAAGGAAGUGACCAUUUUUUGUGUUCCAAAAGUCAUUUCUAUUUGGUGAAAACCUUGUCUGCCCAUUUUCGAGUCUUCUGCUCAAAUAAGUUUAGUUUUCCUUUGUAUAUUUCAGGCAUUAGGUUGUCUCCUCACUUUCUGCAUUAUACUUAUAGGGGUCAUAUUUCACACAAA